AUGCCGGCGGUUAUAGCGCUGAAGAUGUUCAUUCCAAGGGAAGCCCUCACCUACAGGCGUAAAAACAACAGAACUUUAAAACAGCGUGAUAACCAGUUAAUAAACCCUGUCUGUUUGCGUUUAUACCAGCUAGCCAACAUGAUCCUGCCUCAGGAUGAGAACUUCCUUCUUAUCUUUCGUAGAGAAGCUCCACUGGACAGCAGCGUGGAGUUCAUGAAGAUCUGGAGAAAAUACGAUGCCGAUAGCAGUGGCUACAUAUCUGCCGUGGAGCUCAAGAGUUUCCUGCGGGAUCUUUUCCAUCAGCACAACAAACAGAUCACUACAAGCAAACUGGAGGAGUACACUGAUACCAUGAUGAGCAUUUUUGACAAAAACAAAGAUGGGAGAUUGGAUCUUAAUGAUCUAGCUAGAAUUCUGGCUCUGCAAGACAACUUCCUUUUGCAGUUCAAAAUGGAUGACGACAGUCAAGAGGAGAGAAACAGAGACUUUGAGAAGAUCUUUGCGCAUUAUGAUGUUAGCAAGACCGGAGCCCUUGAAGGACCAGAGGUGGAUGGGUUUGUCAAAGACAUGAUGGAGCUCGUCAGGCCCAGUCUCUGCGGCUCAGAUCUGGACAAGUUCAAGCAGGUUCUUCUGGGUCACUGUGACAUCAACAGAGACGGAAAGAUCCAGAAGAACGAGCUGGCGCUGUGUCUGGGGCUCAAGCUCAGUCCCUGAUGUGUG